CGCUUUUAGACGUUUACCAACACAGCCAAAAAAACCAAAAUAAGAUGCCACCGCCGCAGAAAAAACAUAGAUUAAGUGCUAUUAAAGCUAAUAUUCAGCAGAUUAUAUCGAGUUUGGGGCAACUGGAGCAACAGAGCAGCGGGUCAGGGCGCGAUUUCGAUGUGCACCGGGCGGAGGAGCUGCAGCGGAGCACGGCAACCCUGCUGGAUGAACUUGAUAAAGUGCCGGCCCAACAAGUAGUCGACGAACAAAAACAAAGAAAACGCCGACGACGCUUAGACAGACGAAGCAAACAGCGAGUGAGACUUGCACCCAUCAAAUCAGAGCCCACAGAAAAGAAGUACUCAAUAAAACCGCCCCGGAAUCCAGCACUGGAACAAGCGGAGCACAUAUCCCUGCGCAAGCAACGGGAUGCAGCCUCCAUUUUGGAGACCUUCGACCUUCUGGAGAAACUAUGCGAAUCUCGUGGGGGAGACAAAGCUGCCCUUGGCCAAAAACUGACCCACAUGCGUCGUGUUUGGCGAAGAGUCCAAGAGGAGACUCAAGUGGGCAAUGUCAAGGAGUCCACGAAGGUGGCUUCACUCGAAUCUCAAUGGAAGGCGGUUUUCUUCGGCCAAUCUUUGCCAGCGACUAAAGCGAAUAAGGGGAAAUUUCUUGAAAUUCGCUCCACAUGGGAUUCUUACAUAAGCUACUGCGGCAGGGGCUCCUGUAUACCCAGAGGAUGGGUGCUGCCGCCAACAAAGCCCACAGCUCAGUGGGCGGCCUACCGAUGUACCACUUAGAAUAUGAAUUACCUAAUUUUUACUGCCUUAUGGAGACUAUAAAAACCAGACCGAACCUCACACUACACAUA